AUGAGCGCCAGUAAGCAGAACCGCAGACCCCCUACCAUAUGGGUUAGUGAAGCACCGCCCCUUCAAGCUGAUUCAAAGUCUUGUACAACUGUCUCUGAGACAUGUACGGUGAAUCAAGCUUUCCCGAAACCUUUGAGAACCAAGGAGAAGACUGUAACGCUUGAUACCGAUAAUUGUCGCUCGAGUUCGGGAGCCUUGCAUGAAGAUCCAUGGAGAAUGUUUGAGCCCAUUGCAACUAUCAAAUUGGAUCAUCCAUAUGUGCUGGCUCGAUACAAGGAAAACAAAGGCAGACUUGUCCAAGUUCGGAAAGUGGAGCUGCAAGCAUUCUCCGACCUUGGAUUACAACGGACGCUGAAUCGCAUCUCUCACCCCGUUUUUCGGUCCUUACUUGGAUGCUAUUAUCAUGGUGAUUCGGUGUUUUUGGUCUGGGAGCAUGUGGAACUGUCCGUCGCUUAUAUUCUGGCAUCGAUGCUCGUGAUCACAGCGAGUGAGAUCGUUGCAAUUGUCAAGCCAGUAAAACUCGAAGGAAUCCAAUAUUUGGCUGAACGCGGGAGGGUGCUCGCCACUUUGACAAUGAAUACCAUUUAUUUCACUCAGUCGGGCAUGGUCAAGAUAGUUGGUGUCGAAGACAGCUGCGAGAUAGAUGCUCCAGAAAUGAAUGCUGCGACAAUGAAGCAGUCCGCUUUAGCGGAUAUUGUAAUCAAGCUGAUGGGAAAAUGCCAUCCGACGCAUGAGUGGCCUGUCGAGAUUGAAAAUCUACCUGAACAGCUUGAAACAUGCUCUUUGGAAAAGAUCUUGCAGACAACCCUCUUUCAGCAAAAGCUACACCCAGAAGAGUUGAAGUUGCUUGUCAAUUUGACGAAUAAAAUCGUGCAUCAUCGAAUCGAACCCCAUUCUCAUCGCGAAUGA